AUGCCUGUGGAUUAUAGCAAGUGGGACAACCUGGAGCUCAGUGAUGACUCAGAUAUUGAGGUUCAUCCAAAUGUCGACAAGCGCUCCUUCAUCCGCGCCAAACAGAACCAGAUUCACGCCGAGCGCCAACAACGCCGACAUCAGAUCGAGACUCUCAAGUACGAACGCAUAAUCAAUGAUGGCUUGAUAAAGCGCAUCUCAGGGCUCCUAGCCGCGCUCAAAGCGAAUGCUGUCGAAGCUCAAACUAACGAAGCUGAGGUGGCUUUUCGGGCCGUUAUGAGCUCUGCUGGUAAUCCCGAAGAUGACAAAGUACCUACACCCCCUGAAGGUGUCCACAACAACGCUGGCGAGUCGCCUACGUAUACCAAAAUGAUGGCCGUAUUGCUGGACCAGGUAAAUACUACGCUCAACGAGAAGAAGCCAGAAAGUCGCUACAAUGCCAUGGUCGAGGAGAUAGAGGGCCAUUUGAACAAGGUGCAAGAUUUACAAAGACAAUUGUUAGAAAAGUUAGCAGAACUAGAGAAUGAGGAGAGACGUAAAAUCACAAGCGAGAGCAUCCACACAGGGUUCGACAGUUCCUACGUCGCAAAGUCUACACCGUCUACAUCAGGGGAGAAGAAGGACGACAGCAAAGUUGAGCUCUUGAAUCCUAACUUCUCUGCGAGCAAGCCUGGGGAGUCAAAAGGGACAUCGGCAGCUGAUAUUGAAGAUGAUGACGCCGAAAUUGAGGCCUCUCCCGACGCUCGCAAAUUCGCGGAUAUCAAGGCUAGCGAAUAUCGGGAAAGCCAUGCCUUCAUCACUGCACACCCCCACAUCCUGUCUGAAAAGGAGACCGAUGGUAUCCUCGUCAUGGCUUUUGACGCACAAUUGCAGAAUAAAGACGAUGUUGCACGAAACUACAUUCACCAGGCGCUACUACUCCAAUACUGCCGCUCUCUCGGCAGGGAUGGCGUUUCGCUUUUCUUCAAGCGCAUCACGACAAAGGGUCACCAAGCCCAAGAUGUAUUCUACAAAGAUGUACAGGACACAUAUUUCCGCAUCAAGGGCCGGACGUCGGAGAUCAACGCACAGCGCGCUGCCGAGGGGGAGUCUGGCGAUGUAGAGCAGAUCCAGCUGCAUGCAGUUGAACCAGGCACGGAAAUCAAGAUCCGGAUCCCCGCCGAGAAUAGUGAAGAGGAAGCCGAGAAGCAUGGAAGGCAAAUCUUCGAGCGCUUUGCGCCGGAUAUGCGAAAAGCCCUGGAGUCCGGCAGUCUAGAUAAAGUAAAUGAAGUUCUUGGGAAAAUGAAAGUUCCAGAGGCCGAGGAUGUUGUUGGUCUUUUGAGCGAGGCUGGCAUUCUCAGUUUAGAAGAGCAGAUUAUAGAUGCUACGACUGACGAAGGCAAAAAGAAGGUUAAGGAGAUGGAAGAGAGAGCUGCUUUGGAAUCGUCGUACGCAGAUGACCCCGAGUAA